AUGGUCCCAUCGGCCACCACCCAUUCACUCGCUCCAACAACCAAGUCGGCCGCAAAUUCGAUGGGACAGUCGCAGAUGUCGGUGUACGCUAACUGCUACGAGAACUACCCUUGCGGUUCAGGUAGCACACAAGAUGGUCUAAGCGCAUCACCAACCUCUCUGAGGAUACCCUAUCCAAUGUCUCCGCCUAUUUCGCCCGCAGCAUUUGAAACUCCAACUAAGACAGUUUCAGGUGCUCCCUCCUCGAACAGAGCUUUGGAUCUUAAUAAUAAGAAUGAUCAGGAUAUCACCGUAUCUGACAACAUACCAAAGCGGUCGUUUCGGAAGCCUGGCCAGAAUUUUGCACCUCAAACCGACAAACCCUCAGUUCGUUUUGUGGAACCACCCGUUUCAUCAGCCCCCGAUGGAAACUGUCGUGUACCCAACUCCACCUCCACCACACUUCCAACUUCCAAUGCCGCUGCCGAUGUGAAAACCUCAGGCACUGCGGCAAGUUUGCCUUUCCACAAAGAAUCCCAUCCCUUCCCUACCUCUCCCCACACCUUCCUACCUCCAGAAAAUCGGAUUUCGGCAAUGCCUCCAGCGAAUGUCACACCACUAGCUCUGCCACCUCCACAGUCCCUGGGUUUGCUGCGGACGAGGUCGGCUCCUAUGACUGAUUUGCAAUCUAUUCCGGCACGGUCAGUUUGGCAGCAAACCCACUCUAGAAUAGACCUCUUAGUUAACGAAGCGCUCGCAUUAAUUGAUCUACUUGGACGCGGGGGCUCUGCGCAGGUCCUGAUAAUGAAGAUCCGGAAUAUCGAACAGGGUCUUUUGAUGGAGUUGGCACAGCUAGAGCGACUCAUGGAAUCCAUCAGCAUUUUAGAUUCGAGUGUGGUAUCCCUGCUUCAAGACGAACGCCAGAAACUCGUGAAGGAGCGAGAUGGACGUCUUGUUGAAACCUUCCAACGACUUAAAGAACCUCAUCCAGAGAAGGCACUCAGGGAUUUGGUUUCGUCACUUGAGCAAGUUUCACAGUUGACCCAGUCAAUCAUUGGAAUUGUCCAGUUGAAUUGGUUUGAUUUCAACGAGGAGGGAGGGUCCAGACGAUUUCCACAGAUAGAGGACCAUUUUAGUGCUCUGUCAGUCAGUGAUCGUGACGAGAGUGUGGCGACCAGUUUAGAUUCCACCGAACCAACAGACUUGCUCGGUCUCCUCCACGUCUACGCAGCACAAUUCCACUCGCACAGUCUCCUUGUUCGCGGAACAGCUGACGAAUUCCUCGGAUGCAUCCAGGCCAAAUUCAAUGAACCUAGAUACACACGUGGCUACCAUCUCCCCACAGCAGGGGUGCUGGUAGCCAAUGCAAAAUUCCUCCUACGAUGCUCAAGCCAAUUGGUCGCUUUGGCAGCCAAUCUCUCAGCGGCUCUUCAAAAUCCCAGCCAAUCCACCACAACGUUGCCACAAGCGGAGAUUGAUAAGCUUCGGAGUGACCUUGAGGCGGCGGGGAACUCGAUAUGCGAGUCUCUCAAGGGACUCAUCGCACAAACCAAGGAAGUAGCGGGCUACCUCUCCUCGCCUGGUCUCGAUUUACCCGCGACAGCGACCACCUUGGCAUCGAAACCUGUGGUCUCGGGUCCAGAGAUAGAACGACUGGUUGGAGCUAUUCACGACGUGGUGGUCUCCUCGGACAACCUAAGGCAUCUUCUUCCCAACUUCCUUGCCAUGAAGUCGAGUCCUAUUGGGUAG